CCCGGUUUAGAUCUGGUUAAGAAUGAUUUGAUUCCGAGUUCAUCUUCUUUAUUCUCGUGUGUUUUUUUCUCAGAUUUGAAAACGUGCGAUACGGACGCCGCUGAUCAUCGUGUUGACUGUUGAGGGAUCUAGGGUUUUUGUUUCGGACCCACAUGGAGUCGCCGGAGGAGAAAGUCGUCGCCGUGAUCAUGGUCGGUGGUCCCACCAAAGGAACUCGUUUUCGGCCAUUAUCGUUCAACACACCUAAGCCGCUUUUUCCUUUGGCUGGUCAGCCCAUGGUUCAUCAUCCUAUUUCUGCUUGUAAAAGGAUACCGAAUUUGGCACGAAUAUUUCUAAUCGGGUUCUACGAAGAAAAAGAGUUUGCAUUGUAUGUGUCUUCAAUUUCUAGCGAGCUGAAAAUACCAGUGAGAUAUUUGAAAGAAGACAAACCCCAUGGCUCAGCUGGUGCCCUUUAUUACUUUCGAGAUAUAAUCAUGGAAGACAAACCGUCACAUAUUUUUCUUCUGAAUUGCGAUGUUUGCUGUUCUUUCCCACUUCGAGAAAUGCUCGAAGCGCAUAGAAGAUUCAGUGGGAUUGGAACAAUGUUAGUCAUCAAGGUUUCUGCAGAAUCAGCCAACCAGUUCGGAGAGCUAAUUGCUGAUACUGUUACCAAAGAACUUUUGCAUUAUACAGAAAAACCGGAAACUUUUGUAAGUGACUUGAUAAACUGCGGUGUAUAUGUCUUUACUCCUGAUAUUUUCAGUGCCAUAAAGGGAGUAUACAGUCACCUGGAAGACCGAUUUGGCAUCUGUCGGGUUUCCAGCUUUGACCACUUCCAAUCCACGACGAGGUCUGUUCCUGUGGAUUUUGUAAGAUUAGAUCAGGAUAUCUUGUCACCACUUGCUGGGAAGAAAAAACUAUACACAUAUGAGACUAUGGACUUCUGGGAACAGAUUAAGACUCCCGGGGUGUCUCUGAAAUGCUCGGCUUUAUAUCUUUCCCAGUUCUGCCAGACAUCGCCUCAUCUUUUGGCUGGUGGAGAUGGUACCAAGAAUGCAAUGAUAGUCGGUGAUGUUUAUAUUCAUCCAUCUGUAAAAGUGCACCCAACCGCUAAGAUUGGUCCAAAUGUGUCUAUAUCAGCAAAUGUUCGUGUUGGGCCAGGUGUAAGGCUCAUAAACUGCAUAAUCUUGGACAAUGUUGAAAUCAAGGAUAAUGCUGUUGUUAUCAACUCGAUCAUCGGGUGGAAAUCAUCUCUAGGGAGAUGGUCACGAGUUCAGGGGAAUGAGGACUACAAUGCAAAGCUCGGGAUUACGAUUCUAGGAGAAGCCGUGACUGUUGAAGAUGAAGUCGUGAUCGUGAACAGCAUUGUUCUCCCAAACAAGAGUCUUCACGUCAGCUUUCAAGACGAGAUAAUCUUGUGAAGUAUUUACAUGCCACCAUUCAUAACUUCACGGCAAUGAACUGUCUAAGAGGAAAAGAAACAAUAGGUUCAGUAAAAAACCCAGGGCUCAAACUGUAUAAUGCUUAGCUCAGUUUAUUGAAGGAUUGGUACUGUGUACAAGAACAGCUUAGAAAAACGAAUGAAUCUUCAUUGUGUUUCGGUUUUA